CAUCAUCUCGCGCCUCAGCGUUUCGUCUCCUUAGCGACCGGCGGCGGCGGCCUUUUUUUUCCGGCCCGGGGAAUAACCUCGGAGUAGCCCGAGAAAUGAGCGGGCGUCGAAGCCGGACGGGUCCGCUGCAAAGUGCCCUCCGCCGGGGCCGAGAGCUGCGGGAGCAGGUGAAUGUUUUGCUUCAGGAAAGCAAAGAGACGGGGACAGAUUCUGAAAAAAAGAAGAGCAUUCGUCAAAGAUGUUUGGAAUUGAAGAAGGCUGUGGAUGAAAAUGUUGGUGUUCUUCAGAACCUGAAGAAAUCAGAUGAGCCUGCACCUGUGGGAAAUUAUAAUCAGAGAAAAGAAGAAGAAGAAAAACAGUUGUUAAAUCUUUCACAGCAGCUGGAGAAACUUGCUGUCACCAUCAGCCAGGACAAAAAGAUCAAGGGCUCCAAUAUGGAUGAGAAAAGGAAAAACAACCCAAAGACACAGAAGGAAAAGGAGAUCAAAGAAGAGGAAGAAGAAGAGGAUGAGGAGGAAGAGGAGGAGGAGGAAGAUGAAAGUACACAAGACGAUGAAGAUGAAGAAGAGGAAGAUGAAGACGAAGAUGAUGAUAGUGAUGAAGAUCACCUGGGCGAUGAUUCAGAUAUGAAUUUUAUCACUCUUGGUGAUUUUGCUGCACAGCAAGAAGGAGAUCUGUCAUUUAAAAAAGAUGAAGUUCUUCUCAUACUGGAGAAAAAAAUGGAUGGUUGGUGGCUGGCUGAAAAUUCCAAAGGGGAGAAAGGCCUUGUGCCUAAAACCUAUCUCACGAUAUGCACCAAAGAGGGAGAGAGUCAAGAAACAAGCAAAGACGAGACAGAGGAAGACAUAGAAGUGGCAGAUGAAACAGAAGGAGGGGCCAAAAUUAUGAAAAGGACUGAUUCUCACUGGAGUGCUGUUAAAAAAGCCAUCACUGAGAAUAAUACUUUGGAUGCUCUUACAAGCAUGGGAACAGUUCCUGCUGGAUUCCGACCUUCAGCACUUGCACAGCUCUUGGAAGAAGGAGUGCAGUUUCGGGCAUCUUACUACUUACAGCCUGAAUUGACACCUUCCAAUCUUUCGUUUCGAGAUCUUGUGUGGAACCCUGAAAAAGGCACUAUUCAGUCAAGGCCAACACGGAUAUCACUUGUUUUGACUCUGUGGAACUGUAAAGGGAUUCCUUUUCCUGGGCUGAGCAUACAGGUCCUCAGUAGACAUGUUCGACUCUGCCUUUUUGAUGGUAACAAAAUCUUGAGUAAUAUUCAUACUGUUAGAGCUACAUGGCAACCUAAAAAUCCAAAAACAUGGACCUUUUCACCACGGGUCACUGGAAUCUUGCCAUGCUUGCUUGAUGGUGAUUGUUUUAUUAGAUCUAAUUCAUCAUCUCCAGACAUUGGCAUAUUAUUUGAACUUGGGAUCACUUACAUUCGCAAUUCAACAGGUGAGAGAGGAGAAUUAAGCUGUGGCUGGGUAUUCCUAAAGCUUUUCGAUACCAAUGGACUUCCAGCUUCUUCCAAAACAUAUGAGCUGUUUUUGAAUGGUGGGACUCCAUAUGAAAAAGGAGUUGAAUUAGAUCCAUCCAUUUCAAGACGAGCUGGCAGUAGUGUUUUCCAGCAUAUGAUAACGUUAAGGAAGCAGCCACAACUUCUAGUGAAACUGAGGUCCUUAAGCACACAAUCCAAAGAUAUACUGAAUCUAUUACCAGAAGUAUUAAUUGGCAGCAUGUGCUAUAUACACCUCCUACUCUUUUAUCGUCAGAUUAUUGGUGAUGUGCUCCUCAGGGACAGGCUGAACAUGCAAAAUGCAGAUUUGAUCGGCAAUCCAAUUUUGGCAACAUUUCCCAAACUCCUGGAACAGCCUGAUCUUAUGGAUGCGCUCAGGAGUGCCUGGGCAGAGAAGGAGAGUACACUAAAGAGAUCUGAAAAGAGAGACCGGGAGUUUCUGAAGUCUGCGUUUGUCCUGGUGUAUCAUGAUUCUGUCUUCCCUCUUCUCCAAUCUGUGUUCCUCCCAGAGUAUAAAUGGGCGGAAGAGGAAUCUGAAGGCACCCGCUGGCGAAUGAUUGCUGACUUCCUGAAGAAAAACCGCGAAAGAGAUGGUGCUCUGUCUUCUCUGCUCUCAUCAGAAAGCCUUCACAGAGCAUUUGAUAUCACAGAAAUAGCAUAUGACUUUUUAGGACAGGCAAGAAAGAGCAGUCCUUCACUAUGAAUGGACCUUACGCCUCUGCUGAUUGCCAUGCCAACAUGGGUCAAUGAAGCUUAAUUGAUAAGG